GCUCCUUCCACUUGGCCUCAGCUCCUCCGCCCCAGCCUCGUCUCCUCUCACCUGGCCUCGGCUACCACCUCCGCUACCAGCUGGACCUCGGCUUUCCAGGACCUGCUUCGAGGACAGCGACUGUAUCUGAAGGGAAGCAGGGAAACACUUCACCUCCACUGGCCAACCUGAAGAGGAGGGCAGGAACCGGUUGGAGGAAGUUUUCCCCUCAACCAGACCAGACUGGACCCUAACUCGGCGGGGAGAAGGGCUUUGGACAACUUCCACCAGUAUCUUCUCUCAGGUAUUAAGGGAGCUGCAUGGAAGCCUAUGAAUUUAUCUAAAACCACAGAAGUGGUCCAGGGGACCAAUGAGUUUCCAGGGGCGUCUCCAGGAGGCCUGUCAUACUUAACACCCCAUUUGAUCUGGCUGCACCCAAAAAAGAAGCGCUUUAAAUUUGGCUUCUGUAACUCAGGCAGCCCCAGACAUCUGGAGAAAAUUACAAAAGCUGGAGGGAUUUGCUGGAAUGAGUAUCACAUAACUUUUAGAAAUAGCCCAAAAGGUGUUUGUUUGAUAACAGGGAAAAACAGGCAGCCCAAGCUGCUUGUGACAAGGCUUCCAAAAGACAGGUAAAAAUUUUGGUGGCUGCCCUCCAGGAGGUACAGGGAAGACCCCUUCCCCAACAAAUCAACAAAAAGAACAAGGGCCGUCAGUUGGGGGCCCGAGCACUGCUCCAGUGAAAAAUAAGUGCCCCAAAAGACAAGGAACCGAAAAGAAAACCCAAAAAAUUGCUAGCCUUGGAGGAGCUAGAUUGAUAGGGCUGGGGCUCAUUCUUGCUUGGCCCCCAGGAGCCCAUGGUCAGCACCACAGUAUGGGGUCACCCUGUAAAAUUUUUAAUUGAAGCUGGAGCAGAAUGCUGAGUAUCAAAAACACCUUUGGGCCAGGUCACCAAUCACAAAAGGAGCAGUUCAAGGGGCCACAGGGACUAUCUGCAGCUACCCAGAAGUAAACCUAGGCCAGGAAAGAGUAACUCAUUCCUUCUUGGUAGUUUCGGAGUGCCCGUAUCCCCUAAUGGGAAGAUAUCUACUCCAUAAACUGCAAGCCUCUAUCUCUUUCUUAACCUGAGGAACUCAUCUCAACUUAGAAGACCAGGAUUCAUCAACUACCCACCUCUUACUGACCACCCCUGUGUCAGAAGAAUACCUCCUGGUUUUAAACACCCCAGCCAUAGCCUCAGAAAACGGCUCACUUAUGCUGGAAUUAGAGGCCUAGUUUCCCCACUUUUGGGCGGAAUCAAACCCCCUGGGACAGUGGAGUUGUUGGCUACAGCUCUACUGGUACAAGUAAAACAGUAUCCCAUGAGUCAAAAAGCCAGGGAAGGCGGAAGUCCACACAUACAGUGGCUACUGCAAAGCGGCCUGGAAUACUCCAUUCCUGCCAGUAAAGAAGCCUGGCACCAAUGACUAUUGGCUGGUCCAGGAUUUGCAGGAUGUUAACAAGCAGUCUAGUCACUGUUCACCCAACUGUCCUGAACCCAUACAUCCUCCUCAGCCUGCUCCCGCCAAACCAUACAGUAUACACUGUUUUGGAUCUUAAAGGACACCUUCUUUGCCAUCCCCUUGGCUGCCAGCAGCCAGCCAAUCUUUGCUUUCAAAUGGACAGAUCCAAACUCAGGAGACACCACCCAACUUACUUGGACCCACUUAUCCCAGGGGUUCAAGAAUUCUCCUACCCUUUUUGGAGAUGUUCUCCAACAGAACCUAGUGCCUUUCUGAGCCAGCCAUCCAGACUGCACCCUUCUCCAGUAUGUAGAUGACUCACUGCUGGCCACGGAAAUGGCCAACAGCUGUCUACAACAUACAAAAGACUUGCUGUGUCUCCUCCAAGGACUUGGAUACCAAGUCUCAGCAAAAAGGCCCAAGUCUGCCUCCAGAAGGUACUUUUACUUAGGAUGUGAACUCACCAAGGGAAAGCGAGCACUUUCCAAUGCUCGAAAACAGGCUAUCUUGCAAAUUCCAACUCCUACCACAAAAAAACAGUUGUGGAAACUCCUGGGGGCAGCAGCGUACUGCCGCCUCUGGCUUCCAGGGUUCACAGAAAUCACAAAGCCCCUCUACACCGUGACCAGUGGAAGUAGAGAGCUGGUUUACACUGAGACAGAGGAACGGGCCUUCCAGAACUUCAAAAGGGCUCUCACUGAAGCACUGGCUUUGGCACUCCCUGAUGUGUCAAAACCUUUCCACCUGUUUGUCCAUGAAAACAAGGGCAUGGCCAAGGGAGUCCUCACCCAGUCCCUGGGACCAUGGUGGCGGCCAGACACCUACUUAUCAAAAAAAUUGGACCCAGUGGCUUCAGGUUGGCCAAGCUGCCUGUGGGCAGUGGCAGCUACUCCAAGUUUGGUCCAGGAAACCGGUGUUAACCUUGGGCCAAGAACUGACCCUUACGGCACCCCAUGCAGUGGCAACUCUGCUCAGGAGUGCCUCGGGAAAAUGGAUGUCAAACUCACGGAUCUUACAGUACCAAAGCCUGCUACUGGACCAACCCAGGCUGACUUUCCAUCCUGCAUGCUGCUUGAAUCUGGCAACUUUGCUCCCAGACCCAGACUUCUCUGCUCCCAUUCAUGACUGCCAAGAAAUACUUGAGGUCACUAAGACCAGUAGGCCAGACUUGCAAGACACCCCUCUGGACCAGGCAGACGCCACUCUGUUCACCAAUGGAAGCAGUGCCGGUGCAGCUAUCACAACAGAUACCAAUAUUAUUUGGGCCCAAGCACUACCGGAUGGCACCUCCGCACAAAAGGCUGAACUAGUAGCCCUUACCCAGGGCCAAAGACAAGCAAGUAAACAUCUACAAUGACAGUCGGUAUGCCUUUGCUACUGUACAUGUACAUGGGGCCAUAUACCGGGAGAGGGGAUUACUUACCUCUGCAGGAAAAACUAUCAGAAACAAAGAGGAAAUCCUGGCCCUGCUCGAGGCCACAUGGCUUCCUGUCAGGUCGCUGUAAUCCACUGCAAAGAACACCAGAGAGAAACAUGAGUAUUGCCUGGGGAAACCAGAAGGCAGACUCUGCAGCCUAUGAAGCAGCUAUGCUUCCUGUCACCCCACUGACUCUGUUGCCAGUCGUAUCCUACCCUAGCCAGAACUGCCCAACCAUCUAACAUAUUCUCCAGAGGAAGAAAAGCAAGCAUCAGAUCUUCAGGCCAACAAAAACCAAAAUGGAUGGUGGAUCCUGCCGGACUUGAGAAUCUUCCUGCCUGAGUCCCUCGGACAGGCCCUAGUUGGCCAACUUCAUUCCACCACUCACCUGCGAGGAACCAAGUUGGCUCAGCUUUUAUGGGGUGCUUCAAAAUCCCCCACCUUCAGGACUUUACUGACCGCUUACAGCCGCAUGGCCUGUGCACAAGUAAACGCCGGGCAAGGUCCCAAACCUGAACUGGACCGCUGCCUCCGAGGAUGCAGCCCAGGAGAAAGGUGGGAAAUAGACUUUACAGAAAUAAAACCACACCGGGCAGGAUCUAAGUAUCUCCUGGUGAUGGUGGAUACCUUUUCUGGAUGGACUGAGGCGUUUGCCACUCGAAAUGAAACUGCAUCCACAGUAAUAAACAUAAAUGAAAUCAUUCCCCGGUACAGGCUGCCAAUUGCCAUUGGGUCAGACAACGGUCCAGCCUUCACCAUGUCCAUUACUCAAGUGGUCAGUAAGGCACUAAAUGUCCAAUGGAAACUACACUGUGCCUACAGGCCCAGAGCUCUGGACAGGCUGAACGCAUGAACCGAACUUUAAAGGACACCCUUACAAAACUCAUUCUGGAGACUGGCGAGAGUUGGACAAACCUCCUUCCCCUCACACUCCUUAGAACUAGAUGCUCCCCUUAUCGGGCAAUUCACCCUGUACAAAAAUAAUGUUUGGUAGAGCACCACACAUUCUACCAAGGCUGAAGGAUGUCCAUUUGGCAGAAAUCUCUCGUGCUAACCUGUUACAGUACUCACAGUCUCUCCAACAGGUACAGGACUUUAUCCAGCCACUUGUUUGAGAAACAUACUCGACCCCUACUUCUGACCUGCCUACAUCGGGUCAUCCCUUCCACCCAGGAGACCUCAUGUAUAUCAAAGUUCCAGAAGGAAGGACUUACCCCAUCAUGGAAGGGACCCUACACCAUGAUCCUAGCAACCCCAACCGCCUGAAGGUUAACAGUAUCCCCAUCUGGAUCCACUGCUCCGGCGCAAAGUCCACUACGGAGACUCAGCAAGCAACACGGGUCCCUGAGCCAGGACCUAAUCCCUUAAGCCUACGAGAUUAGGGCAGUCAGGUCAACUUAGAGGAUUAACUCUGUGUGGGACAGCAUCCCCUUCCAGGUAGUAUUACUGACCACUUGUCCUGUGUGGAAGGAGAUGUGCCUCUCUGGGACCCAACACUGGUGCGUGGUGAUGGGAGCGGAAAUGAGAGAGAGCACACCUAUUCCCUCUAGUCUGCCCUAAUCUCGGAAGUCAGCCUUCUUUUCAGUUGGGGCUCCCAGGGUGACCUCGGGAUACCUUGGCUGGGAUGUGGGAGAUCUGACAGUGAGGAAAAGGAACUUACUGAAGUGUCCAGGAAACCCCUCAGGUGUAAACUGCCAGCAAGCAGAUGAAUAUUUCUGCCCAUAUUGGUCCCGUGUAACCCUAGCCACCUAUCACGGGGGACCAACAAAAUCUUCAACCCUCUCUUUAGCCUGUGCUGCCCGUCCAAAAACAUGCUCUAUGGGAUCCUCUAACCCCCUAAACCUACUAUCCACAAUCCCUUUGCCUUCUUUUGACCAUGGGGAUGACCUGGGGACUCAGGCUACAUGUAACUGGAUGGGAUCUGGGAACUGCUCGUAAUCCAAAAGGUCCUUACCUACUGGAGACUGCCAAAACCUACUGGGCCAUAAUGGACUUAGGGGAACCUAUGUUCCAGCCCCAUCCCCAGUUAAAAAUUUCAGCCGGCCCACCCUGGGUGGUCUCUAGGCUCGGGCCUAAACCUCAUCUAGCCCCAAUUCUAAUGUAUAUCCUUGCUGACAUGCAUAAGCUUCUAAAUACCACCCAACCCGAACUGGCUCAAGACUGUUGGCUGUGCCUAAAGAAAAAACCUCCAUACUAUAUGGCAGUAGGAGCAGAAAAACCUAUCCCACUUGAAUCUCCUCCCUGCACAAAGCCUUCCCGCUUACUCACUCUAGGUUAUAUUGCGGGAAAUGUAUCCUGCUUAAUCAUCUCUGGAUAUAACCUGUCUGCUUUUCCCUUUCAGACUACUUGCAGUCAGUCUUUACUCACUGUUAUGAACUCCUCAUUGUCCUGUCGAGCUCCCAAUGGCAUCUGGUUGGCCUGCACCUCCAGUCUCACCCGUUGCAUAAAUGGAACAACUCUGAAGACAAGGCCCAAACUGUGUCUUGGUCCAUGUACUUCCCCAAGUAUAAGCGUACAGCGGACCAGAAGGACGCCUCCUCUUCAGCCCGCCGGACUACACUCCAGGUUCAGCCACAGGGCCCCGAUUCUAGUGCCUCUCUUGGCAGGACUUGGUGUAGCAGGCUGCACUGCCCUGGGGACUGCUGCUUUAAUCCAAGGAGAAACUGCACUGGUGUCAUUCUCCCAUCGCAUUGAUACUGAUCUAGAAGAAAUUCAGUCAACCAUAAACAUGCUGGAUGCCCAAUCAGAUUCCCUAGCCAAGGUGGUGCUUCAAAACCACUGAGGUUUAGAUUGUUUCUGUCCCAAGGAAGACUCUGUGCUGCAUUAGGGUAAAGCUGUUGUUUCUAUGCCAACAAGUCUGGAGUCAUCAGAGAUACUCUCCAAAGAGUCAGGGAUAACUUAGACAAACGCUGCUGAGAGCAGAAGAGUAAUACUCCCUGGGAUCAGGCACUGUUUAACUGGAAGCCCUGGCUCACGACCUUGAUCACCAGGCUGGCAGGCCCCCUACUUCUCCUUUUAGGCCUAACUUUUGGACCAUGCAUACUAAACUGGCUCCUAAAAUUCAUUAGGCAGCCCACAGCCUGUCAGCCUCAUGUACCUCAGAACCCACUACCAUCCUGUAGAUGACACUGAGGAAUCCAUGAUUUGAUUCUGCCAAAACAUCAGUGGGGAAUGACAUAAUCUAGCCUGUCUAUGGUGACUCCAUUCUAACCACCCUGAGCUAUGUAGAGCACUUUGUUCCUGAAACUCUGUAGCCUGAGGCACCUGGUAUUUUGUAACCUGUUUUUCUGAGAAACACGGCCCACUGGCCCACAUAUCCUGUACCUGCAGCAGUGUCACUGCCUACCCCACAUCCUGCUUGGACUUUAAAUAGAAUCUUUGCUGUUAGGUCCCUCCUCCCCUAACCUGCUUUUUCUGCUUCUGUAACAAUUUGUCUUCCACCCCCUAACCCCGCAAAGGUAUAAAAAUGUUGUCUGCCUUUUGUUCGGGGCUGAGAGGUUUGAGCAACAGCUGACUUUAGGACACUGGCAUUAAACGGACUCUCAAGAAACUCUGUGUGGUGCUUCUGUUUUAAACUCGCUUUGGGUACAGCACAGCCUCCCAAGUAGCUGGGAUUAUAGGCACGCACCACCAUGCCCGGCUACUUUUUUGUACUUUUAGUACAGACAGGGUUUUAUUGUGUUAGCCAGGAUGGUCUCGAUCUUCUGACCUUGUGAUCCACCCACCUCAGCUUCCUGAAGUGCUGGGAUUACAGGGGGGAGCCACCGUGCCCGCCCAAGACAUGUCUCUUUUUUUCUCUCUCCUGAGGCCAAAGUAAAGUAUGAGAUGACAGGCUGAAAGUUAAAGUAAUGAAGGUACGUGAGCCUCAGACCAAACGUUCUUGGCCUUGUUGGGAAAAGGGGCAUUUAUGCAGUUCUCUCCCUGAUAUUUCCUAAUGUAUUAUAAUACUCCCAACUUCUCACUCCCUGGCCAGACCUGUUCCUCGCAAUGAUUUAUAUCCACCUGGUGCUCACCUGGUCGGGUACCUGGGACAAUUCCUCUCUCUUCGGUCAUCAAUUUAUCUUCUUGCUCCAAAUGGGAGAUCAGACUAGGUUUAUCAACUUGGUUCCCUGUACAUGGAGAAAAGGCACAUGAUGUAGGGGUCUGUGCAGCAGAUAAGCUCCCCCAUGAAGUUGAAAUCAGUACUUAUGAAGGUGAAGAGGUGUGACUUCAGGAGCAGAGGAAUCAUUAUGCCAAAAUUGAAUAUAUACAGUAACCCUCUUUCACAAAAAUUUUAAAAAAAGAAAAAAACUCACAAGCCUCCUCAGUCAAUAGCUAGGGUGGCUGCAGGAUAACUGGUCCCGGGAGCCCCAGUACAGGUUUCAGUACAGAAUUUGAAAGCCCAAGAUUUAACUACACAGAAUAUACCGUCAGUGUGGGAAGCCGAAAAGUUCCCCUUCUUGUUAAAGAAUCAGUGUGCUAAUAACUUUGUUAAGCCCUAUCCUAGGUAGGUGUCGGAGAUGCCAUGCUUACAGGCACGUAGUACAUUCUAUGUCAUUGUACUUUAACCAAGAUAUCUGCGCUGGAUGUGCUCACAGGCAUGUCCCAGCUCUCUGUUGCUUUUACCUAAGUUUUAAGUUGUUAGCCAAUUGGGUUUUAGUUUAGAUUGUGAGGUCUGGCUACAGCCAAAGGAGAUCAGACAUAGCAGUAAGGACAACCCCAAAGGUGUGAAAAAUAAAUCUGUGUGUUUUCCUCUGUUCAUUGUAUUCUUGUGGCACGAUGGCUAGCAUGGGUACCCUUUCCUGCAGUCCAGGAAGUAAAAACUGCAUUGCUGAAGAAUC